AUAUACACUGUCACGGCCGGCCUCUCUCUCCUCUCUAUAUAUAUGUAAUGCUUUCAACGAAAGAUUUCACCAUAAAACCCUAAUCUCAUUUGUUCCCAUAUAUUCAUCUCGCAUCUCUUUCACUCGUUAGAAAUGAACCUUGAAGAGAAACCCUCAAUGGCUUCGCGAGUUUCACACCAGUCCGACCAUCUUUAUUACGUCCGGUGCAACUUCUGCAACACUAUUCUCGCGGUGGAAAUGCCUUUCAGGAGAAUGCUCGAAACCGUGACAGUGAAAUGCGGCCAUUGUGGCAACCUCUCGUUCCUCUCCACAAGGCCUCUUCAAGACCCAUGUCUCGAUCGCCAUCUCAGUCUCAGUCUUCAGGUGUAUAUAUGUAUACACACACACAUACAUGCACAUAGUUUAUACAGCUUCUGUGGCAACAAUGAGUUCAAGAAGGGAAGUUCAUCUUCGUCAUCUUCCUCGUCCACUUCGAGCUACCAACCACUGUCUCCUAGAGAACCUUUUGUGGUUAAACCGCCCGAGAAAAAGCAGAGGCUUCCAUCGGCUUACAAUCGGUUCAUGAGGGAAGAGAUACAACGUAUCAAAGCUGCGAACCCGGAGAUCCCACAUCGUGAAGCUUUCAGCACCGCCGCCAAAAACUGGGCUAAGUACAUUCCGAACUCUCCUACUUCCAUCGCUUCGGCAGGCAAAACCAUCAACGUAAGUAGUUGUCUGAAUAUGUAUGCUUAAAUCAUCAUACGACAUUGAUAUCCAUACAUACA